AUGCCAACUGCAAAAGGCAAGGGUGGAACACCGUCCCACCGCUACCGCCCAGCUUCAGACUACGAUGAUGCGACGCUUGCUCAGAAAAGGGAGUACUGGAGGACCAAGAAACGAGAGCAGAGGGCUCGACUUUCAGAGCGGAGAGGAAAGCUGACACAGCAAAGUCGAGGGGGAAAGCACGUACAUACAAACUGUUCUGGCUCGACCGCUCUUCUCACUCCUGCUCUGCAGAGUCACGAUGAGUCAUUCAGGAGUGAAAACAAGGAGGAGGACGGUUCAGUCGGGGCCACCGAGGGCCAAAAAGAGAGGUGGCUCCAGACCAUGGAGCUCAACAAGGUCUUACCUCAGGUGCCAGCUUCAAUUUCCAUCUCAGCAAGAGUUUCUGGGGGUGUCAGCACCGCCAUAAAAUGCCCAACAGUGAGGUGUGCUGGGCCACUAUCUAAAGCCGUUACCUCACCCACAGCAGGUGGUACCACCAGUUCCUCAGUGCCUCCAACCAGAGCGACCAGAAUAACCAACGGCAGCUCCACGAAAACACCUCAGCCAUGCGUGUCUAUGCAGGGAGCAUUCGUCCCCAAAACACAACCCAAGGCACAAGUUGAAUCCUGCAUUCAGCCCAAACUCUCGCCCACAAAUGUGACUCCAGAUCAGACCAAUGCAACUUCUCUUUCAGCAGAGUGCAAAAGGACUAGCUCAACACCUCAAAGAGGGACAAAGAGUGCCUUGGUCACUUCUCAGAGGGCUAAAGGUCUUACUAAUUCACAGCUAACCUCCCCAGAAUCUGAGGAAGAGAGAGCCGCCAAGCGCAGGGAGCUGUGGCGAAUCAAGAAGCGAGAGCAGAGGGCAAAGGUAGCGGCUCGGAUCACUAAAGCCAGAGACAGGAUACAGAGCACAGAGGUGACGCUACCAAGGGAAACAGCACAAAAAUCCGGAGCUGUGGGGGGUACAGGUCUCCCACAUGUUCAGUCUCGGACGUUCUUGAGAAGAGUUGGACAGAAGCAGUGUCAUCCAUGGGGCAAUACUUCCUUUACAUCUGCCAGGAGGGAAAAUAAUAAAAUGCAAGGCAGAGAGACAAGUUUAGCCCAAGAAACCCUGCAAGCAGAUCAGGUAAAAGUCCUUAAUCCAGUUGGGAAUAGAACAGCCAUCACACCUGAAGUUAUACCUGUAAAAAGAACUGGGGAGUCACAAAGAAAGCUUCCAACGUAUGCACAUCUUUCCAACGUUUCUAGAGGAGUUGGACGAUGUAAAAUACCCAGACAGAGGCUCAUUGAAGCCCAAAAGACUUUCAUGAAUCAAAGAAACAUCAGAUGUAAGUCUCCAAUGGUGGCUUCUUUCUUUGGUUCCAGAAACAUCCCCAAAAUAGACCCCAGUGACACUCCUGAGCAGAUCAUCGCCAAACGGCGAGAGUACUGGCGGAUCAAAAAGCGCGAACAGCGAGCAAAACUGUCCAUGGAGGUGAAGAAUCGUCUGAAGGAGAAAGACUGUCUCAUACGGAGAGUGAAACGUUAUCAGAAGAUCCUGGAGGACAUGAGGAAGGCAAGAGCGCAAUCAGCAGGAAGUACCCUCGCCCAGGACUCAGAGACCAUUGGAGGGUUCAUCAAAGAAGAUGGGACGGUGACCAUCAACAUCCCACCGAAUCACGGCACAGCACAAGCACUCAAACAAGAAGACAUAGCAGAAGUUUCUAAAAGUUCCCCCAUCUCAAAGCCCCAGAAUCAAGCAGAGACUAAACGGAGAGAUGUUGCACCCAUUCGUCUGGCUCAGGUGAAAGAGUCCUUCCCUCUCACUGGACUCAACAAACCCCGAAGACUGCUUUCAAUCAGACCAAGGGUGGAGAGCACUUCAAUCCAAACUGUAGGUCAGCUCAAACUUACUCAUCCUCAGAUCCUUAAAGGUUCCUCCUCUGGAGGACCAACAGCAGGGUCGAAACUUGGUGGGUGUGUCAUGAAAAUGGCUGUUUCAAGUAGCACCAUGACUCUAUCGGCUUUGUGUCUGGAUCCAGAUCUGACGGAGGAGGAGAGGAUGGCAAAGAAGAGGGAGUACUGGAGGAUAAAGAAGCGUGAGCAGCGAGCGGCUCGGGCCGCCCGGCUUAAGCAGGGACUCCUACAAGCAAGGGCAAUUCAAAGGAGGAGGAUCCAGAAGCAGGCAACUACAAUACCGCCAAACACAAGUCUCACAAACAAUCCAGAGAACACCCAACCUGGUGAGACAACCGCAUGUGAGAUAAAACAGGAGGCAGCAGUUGACCUAUAUUCCAAACCAGACCAAGCCAUCUGUCCGGACAUCAAACCCCCAUCCUCCCCAUCACCCACUUUAGCUUCUCAGCAAGAGCCUGACCCAGCUCUGAGUGCAGACAGCCAGGCUACCACCCUGCUAGCUGUGGCCUCCAUGAAGAAACUCCUGGAGGAGUCUCUCAGCACCGUGACGGAGAGUAAGAGCGCCCAGACCAGCGUUAAGACCGAAGAGGAGGUUUCAGAACCAGAGAUAAAACCAAAUCUGAUGAAGCUCUUUUUUGAGAAGGACGAGGUGGCUCCUAUUGCUGCUGAUCUCACUCUGGAGAUAAAAAGCUGGCAACCAGAUCCUGAUGCUUCUAGUCAAGAAGGUUCUCCAAACCCUCAUCUGAAAAACUCACCACAAACUAGUGAGACACUUCCCCCAACUCCCAUCCCCAACCCCACUUGUGAGAGUUCAUCCCAAACCCUCUCAAACUUCAUAUUAAACCCCUCAGUGGACGCCUUUGACUGCCCGUCCUCACCUCACAGAACUCAACAAAUCUGCUCUGAAAACACCGUCCAUCAAAACUCCUGUCCCCCAGAGCCACCAAAGCUGCACCACCCACCCUUAGAUCAACCUCAACCAGAGCUUCAACCAUGUCCGGCACAAGAGCAAUGCAUCAGCAAGCCUUUAGCACAGAAGUACCGCAGCACGCUUAUGGAGCAUGGCGGUCAGAGCAGCCUGCAGAGGAAGAGGGAGUACUGGAAGCUGAUGAAGAGGCAGCAGAGGGCCCGGCUAAAGGCCCGGCAGAGGGACAGAGCGGGAGAACCAGGCAGUCGGCUUCCCCAGAGGAACAACCAGGUAAUAUAGGGGGGAAUGAAGGAACUAAUGUAAAGUAUGUGUGGAAAUCAAACUCAGAGUGAGUUCUCACAGUUCCUAUGUGGUCUUGUAAACCAACAGAAGUCAGAAUCAAGUAUGGGGAGAGUGGAUUAUUCACAGAAACACAAACUGUCAGUGCCAAGAGAGAAAAUACAAUUUCUUAUUCCUGUAUGUGCCAAUCCAGACAGAUUUUAAGCCUUUAUUGGUGUCCUAUAGUCUAGGUCUGCUGCAAAAAUGGCAAAAGUCUUUUUUUUGUCAAUCUUUAGAUUCUUUAGAGUUUAAGCAAGAAUCCUGAGUGUUAUAGAUUCACAGUUUAUUUAGACUCAAACUAGGGCUGGGCGAUAUGGCCUCAAAUCAAUAGCACAAUAUAAUGAGCACUUCACCUCGAUAACGAUAAAUGUACGAUAACUACUCUACAGGAUGCUCACCCCCUCUAGCUUCAACUUUUGAACCGUCCUCCAUCUCCUCACCUGUCUUUCCCUCUUUGUUACGGACUGGAUGGGGUGGAGUCACAUCUUCUAUGUAUUACAGCAUCUUAAAGGGACAUGAGACCAUAUCCUACCUACACACAUCCAAAACCAACUUUUAUUUCUUUGACACCGUAUAUAUUGAUAUGGGCAAAAUGUUAUUGAUUAUUGUUGUAAAUUUUGGUAUCUGUAAAUUUUUGGUUUAUCGCCCAGCCCUAACCCAAACUGCAGGCCCUCUACAGUCACAUAGAGAUAGACCUUUUCCCUCCACUGAGGUCAAUGCCCUCAAGGACUGAAACCUGAAUCAUCAUAACAAAGCUGGGUCUGGAGUUCUGGAGCGGGUCCUCUUGAAGUCUUGAGUCUUGAACAGACUCUGUUCUUUUUUCAGAGAUUGUUCUUUUAUUUAGUCUGUCUCUUUAACGUCUUCAAUCAUUUGUUUAUGUUUUGUUUCUCCAGCCUCCAGGUCUUGUCGCCAUCAAUUCUAUCAAAGGUGUGAAUCCUACAGUGAAGCUAACCCCCCAGCCCAGACCAUCUACAGCCUCUCUGACCGCAGUGACUAACAUCCCCACAGUCUUGGUAGUCAGCCCGCCUGUGUGUAACCCUGAGCACUCACCUGACACGCUGCAGGUCAAACCACCAAUCAACAGAGUCUCCUGUUCAGAGGAGAAAAACCCUGGACCUUUAAAGAUCAUGCCCGACCUGGACCAGAAACAAAGCAUGCCAAGGUCGGGAAAGUGGACUUCUAGAAGCACAGACAUGGACUCGCCCCCCAUCCUCCCAACUCUAAAACCCCCUGAAAACCCACUCACCAGCAUCAACCUGCACCCCAUUGAACCCCCUCUACAUACCCCAACCCUCAGCCCUAUUAAAGUCCCCUGUUCCCCCAUCCAGACCCCCACACACACCGUCCACAGUCCCACCAAACUGGUACCCAUCAGCACCAUGGUCCCUCCCAAACCCAUCCCUGGGGAGUCUGAGGAGGACUUCCUGAGGAGGAAGAGGGAGUACUGGAGGAUAAAGAAGAAGGAGCAGAGAGCGAGGAAGGCCAUCAGGGAGAAAGGAGGGGCGCCGAGGAGGUCGACCAGCAGCUGGAGACCAAUCCUACCUGCACACGACCUGCAAACACAGGUGAGAGGGGGACAGGUGUUCAGAAAUACACUUAAGAUGGACCUCAGAGACAUCAUGUCGAGUACAUGGUAAUUUCAUUUAAGAGUAACAGGGAAAAUUUAAGAUUGACAAGUGAUUUUUUUUAAUAUCCUGAUAUAUAUUGAUACCGACUGAUAUGAAAAAAAAAUUAUCGUGAUGAACUUUUUCUCAUAUCGCCCAGCCCUAACCACAGCUGUGAGGACGACCACAAACAGAGAGAACAGAGAGAAGAAACAAAUCAAACAUGUAAACAUGACAAAAAGAAACAAAGUUGAGAGUCUGCUAGAUAAAUACCUAAGAUGUAAAAUAACUAAAAAUCAGAUUGUAUCUGAAGAAAGUCAGGAUCACACCAAGACUCACAAAACCAACAGAAGACUGUUUACAGAAACUAAAACCACAAAGGGAGGCUUGAUGACUCCAAAGAUGCUUAAAAACCUUUAAGUCUCACCAUACUGUUUCUGUUUUUCUCCUGCAGGACUCCACUCACUGGGUUAACUCUGAGGAGUCUGAACAUUUGACCAGGUCAGAAAAUUAUGAUUGUAUCUCAUAUUAAUUGGAUUUCCUGAUGUCAAGUCAUAACUAUUAAAUGAUAAACUUUGUGUUUUGUUUUAAAGUCAUCCCACAGACACCGACUCUUCACCCUUUGACUUCCAAAACUACACGGCCCCGUUAGAAGGUGAGACCUCAGAGUUGUUUCUGCUAAAAAGAUAGAGUUAGAGGAGACGUUUGUUUAUCCUUAUCUCCCUCUCUGUUGUACCCUCAUCUCAGACGAGUCUGAACUUCAGUUCCUGGACUACGACAACAUGAACGGUGAGGACCCUUCGGUCUCAGACGCCGUGUGGAGGAGUCGAUACCUGAUGGACUACGACCCUCUGAACCAGCUGCUGGUGUGCAUGGUAUGUGGGGAGCAGCAGUACUGCCACAGCCUGGAGGGGGUGAGGGCCCACAUCGACGAGGCCCACCCGGACACACUGAACCUGGACACCGCCGAGCACCAGAGGAUCCUGGAGGCCUGGGACGAGCAGGUAUCCCAGCGAGAACGCUUCUUCACCAGCCAGCUGCAGAGGAACAGCGAAGUGAUUACAGGUACAGAAACACUGGAGGAAGGAGACGUGGAGAGAGACAGUGAAGGGGGUUUUAUAGAUUUCAGAGUCUGCUUGACUUUACAGAGUAAACAGUCCUGA